UCUUUUUUCUAUUUUUUUAGCUAACACUCCAUUUUUUUUGUCAAUAAAACGCGUUUGAAAUCUCAAGCGGCAAUUUCUCUGUUUCUCUCUCUCUCUCUUCCUCCCUUGAAUCUCUGUCUUCUGUCUUACGGUUAGAUCGAGGAGAGAGAAAGAAGGAAAAACAAUGGCGUUUAUGUCGUUUGCUGGAAGACUACUUUUCGUUUCUGUCUUCAUUCUCUCUGCUUGGCAAGAGUUCAAUGACUUUGGUGUUGAUGGUGGACCAGCAGCCAGGGCUUUGCGCCCCAAGUUCAAUGCUGUUGCAAAGCAUGUUGUAUCACACACUGGGUUUAAAGUACCUCCAGUUGAAAUGCAACAUCUAAUAGCUGCUUCAAUAGCCUUGAAGGGGCUUGGGAGUCUUCUUUUCAUACUGGGAAGCUCAUUUGGAGCUUAUCUUCUGAUUUUGCACCAGGUGCUUGCUACUCCUAUCUUGUAUGACUUCUACAACUAUGAUGCUGAUCAGAAAGAAUUCACUCAACUUUUUGUCAAAUUUACUCAGAAUUUGGCAUUGUUUGGCGCUUUGCUCUUUUUCAUCGGUAUGAAGAACUCUAUGCCGAGAAGACAAGUAAAGAAGAAAGCCCCCAAGGCAAAAGCAAUGUGAGAAAGAAAUAGAGUUUGGGAGUUCAAUAGUAACAUGAGAGCAAGGAAGCAAACAAACGAUUAUGAGAUCUAUGACCCUUUUCUGCACUUAAUUUUGUACGACUUGUAUUCAUUCCCUUUUAGCUGUCCUUGAUUUUGGUUCUCGCCUUUUUGGGUCAAUGUAGACUUGAGAUAAUCUUUAAUGUAAUGCAAGGAUAAUGUAGGCACAUCUCAUGUUGGCAUGAUGAUGAUAUUGUGUUAUUUAGAUAUAUGGUGCCUUCAAAUUUGAAGGUUACAGGGGA